GUGCGCCAAUAGCGGAUACGUGAGGCGGUAACGUGCGUUGCCUUCGUGAGAUAUUUCAUAGGUCUAUAAAAUGAUAUUUCGAUGUUAAUUUCAGGGAUUACGUCGGAAGAUCAAACGUCAAAUAAAGUAUCUCGUGAAGUAUACGCUUUUUGGUGAUCUUAAUUAAAAAUACGAUUUGUCAUAUUUUACAUACGUCACGUACAUCUGAAGUCUUUUCGACACUUUGUAUAUAGCCGCAAUCACAUAUUUCAAACAUAUUUAUUAACGUAAAUAUAACGUAUUUUAUGAGAAAAAAAAAAAUCUCAUUUAUCGCGGCACAUAUACUUAGUACAAAUCAUUAUUCUCUAAUCUUUAUGGACUCGAGUUAAAAUUGUUUAUACAUACGCAGUUAAUACCAUAAUGACGUUGAAGCCACAUCUGACACUUAAGGUCUGUUCUUUUUAGCACUGCUAAACUAAUACUAUAAGUUGGAGCGAGACAAGUAUAUGUUUUCUCAUUUCAACUUAUUGCACCAGAAGUUCAGCUAAAAAGAAGAGGCUAACGAUUUUAGAGUACGUCGCAUGCAGAAGAUACUUUUACCUUUCGAGUUAAUUUGUAAAAUAUAGUUUCACCUUAAUAUUUUUUUAAUUUGUACUUGUACCUGAGAUAAUAAUAUUGAAACAUGAUCAUGAAUGCUGCAAGAGCUGUACUAAGACAAGGGAAAAGUGCGUUAUUAAUAUGCGACAUUCAGGAAGGAUUUGGUAAAUCUAUGAAGGACUUUGACAAAUUUGUUCAAAACUCAUCCAAACUGGUUAAUGCUAUGAAAAUCCUGAAUGUGCCUAUGAUAGUUUCCGAACACUAUCCAAAGGCUCUAGGAAAAAUCGUUCCUGAAAUUGAUAUUUCUGGUGCUAAAGGACUUUUUGCUAAAACCCAAUUUAGUAUGUGCACACCUGAAAUGAUUAAAGAACUUUCAACAAUUUGUAACGGCAACAAACCAGAAUCAAUCAUAUUAAUAGGCCUUGAAACACACAUAUGUGUAGAAAACACAGCUAUUGACUUAAGAAUAAAUGACUAUGAGGUACAUGUUGUGGCAGAUUGUUGUAUGUCUCGUACUUCAGAAGAUCGACUACUUGCUCUUCAGAGAAUGCGAGACAUAGGAUGUCAAAUAGCUACUUCUGAAAAUGUUAUAUACAAAUUGAUGCAAAAUGCAGAACAUAAGGCUUUUAAGGAAAUAUUACCUCUUGUUAAAACACCAAUUGCAUAUACAGGACUUGUUCCUGUCUCUAAGAUAUAAAUAUUUCUAGAAGUCCUCAUUGGAAUAUUUUAUAUAUAUAACUACUAUAUAA